CUGACUGCGGACUUUUCAGCUUUCUCUGUGUCUCGUCAAGCGUUCAAUUUCUGAAAAUUCUCCUCUUCCCAUUGUUAGGCGAGAACUCCAUAUUUUUUCUGGGAAUUCUGGCCCAUGGACGAGUAGCUCAGGUUGUUUUUUCGAGUUGUUGAAAUGGUCGGAAGAAAGAGGAGAGUUUUCAAUGUGAGUGAGGCUAUAGAAUUCUUGAACCAGCUGUUGGUGGACAACCCACUUCUUCCUUUUUUGAUUCCGGUGGUUUUGGUUGUUUGGGCUGUAGAGAGAUGGAUUUUUUCCCUCUCCAACUGGGUUCCACUUGUGGUGGCUGUAUGGGCUACAAUUCAGUAUGGAAGUUAUCAAAGGCGAGUCCUUGUGGAGGACUUGAAUAAAAAAUGGAAGCAAGUCAUAGUAAACAAAUCGCCGAUAACACCAAUAGAGCACUGUGAAUGGCUGAACAAACUGUUGAUGGAAAUUUGGCCCAACUACUUGAACCCAAAGCUUUCAUUAAGGUUCUCAUCUAUUGUUGAGAAACGCUUAAAGCACCGAAAAUCAGGGCUCAUUGAAAAAAUCGAACUACAGGAGUUUUUGCUAGGUUCAAGCCCACCUGUUUUGGGCCUCCAUGGGACUCAGUGGUCUGCUACAGGCAUUCAAAACAAGCAAAUGAAAAUUGAGAAAAAGAAAAUCAUGCGUUUGGGUUUUGACUGGGACACCACCGACUUAAGUAUCAUGUUGCUUGCUAAAUUAGCCAAGCCACUGCUUGGUACUGCUCGGAUUGUUAUAAACAGCCUCCACAUCAAGGGUGAUCUCCUCUUGAUGCCAAUUCUGGAUGGAAGAGCAUUUCUAUACUCAUUCAUAUCAACUCCUGAAGUGAGAAUUGGCGUUGCAUUUGGAAGUGGUGGCAGCCAAUCACUACCUGCAACAGAACUUCCCGGUGUUUCUUCUUGGCUGGUUAAACUUUUUACUGAUACCCUAGCUAGGACAAUGGUUGAACCUCGCCGCCGUUGUUACUCUCUGCCAGCAGUAGAUUUAAGGAAAAAGGCAGUUGGUGGUGUUGUUUAUGUUACAGUCAUCUCAGCAAGUAAACUUUCUAGGAGUAGCCUGAAAGGAAGUCCUCUUAGAAGGCAACAAAGCUGCAGUAUAGAUGGUACUUCAGAAGAGCACCUUGAUGAUAAAUAUUUGCAGACGUUUGUUGAGGUUGAACUUGGAGAGCUGACCAGGAGAACUGAUGUGAGAGUUGGCUCCAGCCCCCGAUGGGAUUCAUUAUUUAAUAUGAUUUUACAUGAGGACACGGGAACUCUCCGAUUCCAUCUUUAUGAAAGUACACCAAGCAAUGUGAAGUAUGACUACCUAGCAAGUUGUGAAAUUAAGAUGAAAUAUGUUGCCGAUGAUUCCACAACAUUUUGGGCAAUAGGAUCUGAAUCCAGUGUAAUAGCCAAGCAUGCCGAGUUCUGUGGAAAAGAAGUUGAAAUGGUUGUCCCAUUCGAGGGUGCUAAUUCAGGAGAGUUGAUGGUGAGACUUGUGGUGAAGGAAUGGCAGUUUACUGAUGGUUCACAUAGCUCGAAUAAUUUCCGUGUUAGCCCUCAACAAUCACUCUAUGGUUCAUCAAAUUUUCCCUCAGGAACUGGGAGGAAAAUCAAUAUAACUGUUGUGGAAGGAAAAGAUCUUAUUGCAAACAAAUCUGGAAGGUGUGACCCAUAUGUGAAGCUGCAGUAUGGGAAGGUCCCACAGAGAACAAGGACUUUCCCACAUGCUUCAAAUCCUACCUGGAAUCAGAAGUUUGAAUUUGAUGAAAUAGGAGGUGGUGAAUAUCUUAAGAUUAAAUGCUUUAAUGAAGAAACAUUUGGAGAUGACAACAUUGGUAAUGCACGAGUAAGUUUGGAGGGACUUGUAGAAGGCUCAAUAAGGGAUGUGUGGGUCCCCCUUGAGAAAGUAAAUACAGGAGAACUAAGGCUCCUAUUAGAAGUGGUUGCAAAUGCAGGUUCAGGAAAUGGUUGGGUUGAACUUGUUCUUGUAGAAGCAAGAGAUCUAAUUGCUGCGGAUCUCAGAGGAACAAGUGAUCCAUACGUGAGGGUUCAGUAUGGAAGCCUAAAGAAAAGAACUAAGGUUAUGUUCAAAACUCUGAAUCCUCAAUGGAACCAGACCUUAGAGUUCCCUGAUGAUGGUAGCCCCUUGGAAUUGCAUGUAAAAGACCACAAUGCCUUACUACCCACGUCCAGUAUAGGUGAUUGUGUCGUAGAAUAUCAGAGAUUACCUCCAAACCAGAUGGCGGAUAAGUGGAUACCCCUACAAGGGGUAAAAAGGGGAGAGAUUCAUGUUCAAAUUACAAGAAAAAUUCCAGAAAUACAGAGGGGACCCAGUCUUGAAUCUGAACCAUCAUCCUUACUUAAAGCACACCAAGUUUCUAGCCAGAUGAAACAAAUGAUGAACAAGUUAGAAACCCAAAUCGAGGAUGGCAACCUUGAAGGACUUUCAGCAGUAGUAAGUGAGCUGGAGAGCCUGCAGGAUACGCAGGAAGAGUACAUGGUUCAACUCGAGACGGAGCAAAUGCUGCUGCUCAAUAAGAUAACAGAGCUCGGUCAGGAAUUUUUUAACUCACCACCCUCCCUCAGAAGAAGAUCUUCCCAUGACUGAGCCAUUCACAAGAAGUUUAAACCCUUACUACUCAUUUUUGCCCCCUUGAUGAAAAUUGAAUUCAGUCCCCCACAACUAAUUUGUUCUCAUUGUUGUCACCUUCAUGCUAUGUAAUUGUAUAUGAAUGUUUAAAUAUGUUGUUGGUAACAAAUGCAGGAAUGGCCUUUAUUAUCACCUCAUGAUAUAUAUUUGGCCUGGUUUGUUUCUUCAA